CGCAUGCGCUGAUGUAACCCACGUAACUACGUCACAGGUCAGAGUGGCAUUUGAAGGACGAAACAUGGCGGCGCCGUCUAAGAAAGUGUUUGAGGUCUUCGUGUCUAAAAUCCCGUGGACCGUCGCCAGCAAGGAGAUGAAGGAGUACUUCGGACAGUUCGGCCUGGUGAGGAGCUGCCUCCUACCGUUUGACAAGCAGACAGGCUUCCACAGAGGCUUCUGCUGGAUCGGGUUCUCCACGGAGGAAGGGCUGAGCAACGCGCUGCAGAAGGACCGUCACGUCCUGGAGGGAGCGAAGCUCCAGGUUCAGAGGAACAGACGUCCGUUUGGAGGAGCAAAGUCGGACAAAGACGCCGACUUUGACUGACGCGCGGUGGACGGGACAGACGAGACGUUCAGGGACCAUCUAGAAAUGAUCCUUGGACCCCGGUGGAUGCAUCCGUGUCCAAGUGUUUCUGUUUGUGUGUGUCAGCGUCUUGGUUUUCAUGGUUGUCCUUUAAUAAAAUCUCUGUGUUGUCAAA